AUGGGUAAAGCAGAUAAGCUGGCUGGUGUCAAGAGUGGAGGUCCGGUGGGCGAGGGGAGCCGCAGAGGUCAAGGCCAGGAGUCUGGCCAGGGCGACCACUUCCUCGAGGAGACGGAGGAAUUCAGAUGCCCGGAGCCAGGCCUGGGGAGCGGCUGGACGGCCUUCACCCGCGGCAUCCUGCCAACGAGGAAACUGAAGCCCAGUGGUGGAAAAGACACUCCGCCCACCCCAGGCUGGCCACCUUUUCACACCCGCUGUCCUCACCUCGGGGGUCCAGAUACAGGUGACCUCUCCUCCUGGCGGCCAGCCCGGCGAUAG